GUCUGGUACUCCUGCGUCGUUUCGCUCCUCUCUCUCUCUCUCUUUCUGCUCGUAGAGAGAGCGGUGGUGCUAGUACGGUCCGCUUGUACUUCGCCUUCGCCGUCGCCGCCGUCGCCGUCACCGUCGUCCUCCGCUCGCCCCGAUUGUCGCCGGAGCGCCGAUUCCCGUCCGCCGAUUCCGAGAUCUCGAGUCACGAUGGUGAGGAAGAAGAGAUCUGAAGGUUCAAGCGGAGGUGAGAGCUCUGAGACCCAAGAGCAAGGCGGGGGUAGUGGCCGUGGUUCUCAACGCCCAUCUGACAGAAGUGCUCCACCUCAACAGGGAGGGGGACAUCCGGGUGGUCGAGGUUGGGGUCCCCAGGGCCAGAGAGGAGGUCAUGGAGGUUAUGGCGGAGGACGUGGUCGUGGGAUGCCACAGCAGCAGCAACAGUAUGGUGGCCCGCCUGAAUAUCAAGGUAGAGGAAGGGGUGGGCCUCCUCAACAUGGUGGCCGGGGUGGGUAUAGCGGCAGUCGCAGCAUGGGGGGUAGCCGUGAAGGUGGACCUCCUGGUGGCCCAUCCAGAUUUCCAGUUCCCGAGCUGCACCAAGCUACCCAGGCUCCAUAUCAAGCCGUGGUGACUCCUCAGCAGACGGAGGCCAGUUCAUCAUCACAGCCACCUGAACCGUCGGAAUUGGCUGAAAAAAUUCAGCAGCUUUCCAUCGAGCAAGAGGGUGCUGCACAACAUCCACCACCCUCAAGUAAAUCAAUGACGUUCCCUCUUCGUCCUGGCAAAGGUAGCUACGGUACAAGGUGUAUUGUCAAGGCCAACCACUUUUUUGCCGAGUUACCAGACAAAGAUUUGCACCAGUAUGAUGUUUCUAUAUCACCUGAAGUCUCAUCACGAGUUGUCAAUCGCCAAGUCAUGAAGAAACUAGUGGAUUCGUACAGAGAAUCUCAUCUGGGGAAGCGACUUCCAGCUUAUGAUGGUCGCAAAUCACUUUAUACUGCAGGGCCUCUGCCUUUUAUGUCAAAAGAAUUUAAAAUCAUUCUUAUUGAUGAUGAUGAAGGGGCGGGUGGGCCAAGGAGGGAGAGAGAAUUUAAAGUAGUUAUCAAGUUGGCUGCUCGUGCAGACCUACACCAUCUAGGUUUGUUCUUGCAAGGAAGGCAAGCUGAUGCACCUCAGGAAGCUCUACAAGUUCUAGACAUUGUUUUGCGUGAGUUGCCCACUACUAGGUACUGUCCAGUUGGUCGAUCGUUUUAUUCUCCUGAUCUUGGGAAAAGGCAGCCGCUUGGUGAGGGACUUGAAAGUUGGAGAGGUUUCUAUCAGAGUAUUCGACCAACUCAGAUGGGCCUGUCUUUGAAUAUUGAUAUGUCCUCCACUGCUUUUAUCGAGCCAUUGCCAGUCAUUGACUUUGUGAUUCAGUUGCUGAGUCGCGACGUCUCCUCCAGACCAUUAUCUGAUGCUGAUCGUGUGAAGAUAAAGAAGGCUCUCAGAGGAGUGAAAGUUGAAGUCACUCACCGUGGUAAUAUGCGGAGGAAGUACAGGAUAUCAGGUUUGACAUCUCAGGCGACACGGGAGCUGACCUUUCCUGUUGAUGAGAGAGGCACUAUGAAAUCUGUGGUCGAGUACUUUUAUGAGACUUAUGGUUUUGCUAUUCAACACACCCAAUGGCCUUGUUUACAAGUGGGAAAUCAGAAUAGACCGAAUUACUUGCCAAUGGAGGUAUGCAAGAUUGUGGAGGGUCAGAGGUACUCUAAAAGGCUGAAUGAGAGGCAGAUUACGGCCUUGUUGAAGGUGACCUGUCAGCGUCCCGAGGCAAGAGAGCAAGACAUCAUGCGGACUGUUCAUCAUAAUGCGUACCAUGAGGACCCUUAUGCUAAGGAGUUUGGAAUAAAAAUUAGUGAGAGGCUUGCUCAAGUGGAAGCACGCAUUCUCCCUGCACCUUGGCUCAAGUAUCACGAUUCGGGCAGAAUAAAGGAUUGCCUGCCUGAGGUUGGGUGCUGGAAUAUGAUGAAUAAAAAAAUGGUUAAUGGAGGCACAGUGACCAAUUGGUUCUGCAUCAACUUUUCAAGGAGCGUUCAAGAUACUGUGGCACGCGAUUUCUGUCACGAGCUUGCUCAUAUGUGCUACAUUUCUGGCAUGGCCUUCAACCCCGAACCUAUUCUUCCGCCAAUAAGCGGCCGUCCAGAUCAAGUUGAGAGGAUUCUUAAAGCUCGAUACCAUGAGGCCAUGACAAGACUCCAGCCAAAGGGCAAAGAUAUUGACCUCCUUAUCGUCAUUCUGCCUGAUAAUAAUGGAUCACUUUAUGGGGAUUUAAAGCGAAUUUGUGAAACUGAUCUUGGGCUUGUUUCUCAGUGUUGUUUGACGAAACAUGUAUUUAAGAAAAGUAAACAGUACUUGGCAAAUGUCGCCCUCAAGAUCAACGUGAAGGUUGGAGGGAGGAACACGGUUCUUGUUGAUGCACUGUCUAGGCGAAUUCCUCUAGUCAGUGAUCGGCCUACAAUUAUCUUUGGUGCUGAUGUAACGCAUCCUCAUCCUGGAGAGGAUUCUAGUCCAUCUAUAGCUGCUGUUGUAGCUUCUCAAGAUUGGCCUGAAGUUACCAAAUAUGCUGGUUUGGUAUGUGCUCAAGCCCAUCGACAAGAGCUGAUUCAAGAUUUGUACAAGACCUGGCAGGAUCCAGUUAGAGGGACUGUGACUGGUGGCAUGAUAAAGGAACUGCUCAUAUCGUUUCGCAGAGCGACGGGACAGAAACCUCAGCGCAUCAUUUUCUACAGGGAUGGUGUCAGUGAAGGACAAUUUUAUCAGGUGUUGCUCUAUGAGCUUGAUGCUAUCCGCAAGGCAUGUAAUUCCCUGGAACCAAACUAUCAGCCUCCUGUGACAUUUGUCGUUGUUCAGAAACGACACCACACAAGGUUGUUUGCUAAUAAUCACUACGACCGCAAUACAGUUGAUAGGAGUGGGAAUAUAUUGCCCGGCACUGUCGUGGACUCCAAGAUAUGCCAUCCUACAGAGUUCGAUUUCUAUCUGUGCAGCCAUGCUGGUAUUCAGGGUACCAGCCGUCCAGCGCAUUAUCAUGUCCUCUGGGAUGAGAACAAAUUUACUGCCGAUGGACUUCAGUCUCUGACUAACAAUCUUUGCUACACUUAUGCGAGGUGUACUCGAUCUGUCUCUAUUGUGCCUCCUGCGUAUUAUGCUCAUCUUGCUGCAUUCCGUGCUCGCUUCUACAUGGAACCAGAGACAUCGGACAGCGGUUCUGUGACUAGUGGACUUGCCACAGGACGUGGGGGACCACCUGGUAUGGGUGCUGCUGGUUCACGGAGCACUCGUGCGCCAGGAGCCAAUGCUGCUGUCAGACCCCUGCCUGCCCUCAAAGAGAACGUCAAGAAGGUUAUGUUUUACUGCUAAGUUUGGUGGGUCGUCUCUCGUGUAACUGCUUCAUUGACCUUUUCCGUCUGCUUCCCAAAUUUCGCACUAUCUUUCUGGGAAUAUAAUGUUUAGGUGGGUUAUGCUCAUGCCAGUAUCUGGAUAAACAAUUCCUUAACUUCGGUGAUAUUGAAUUUUUUGGA